AUGGCUGAACGAAAGCUCGGAGGCUACGUCCCCUCGUCCGAGCUGGACACCCAAACGCGCUUAUCACGCUCGGGGCCGGGCCCCUUCCUCUCCGAGGACACGAGCGAACUGAAGGGAAGUCAAACGACUUCACCCUCCCGCCUCGGAAGUGACGUCACCCUCCUACGCACGAAGCUCGCUCUUCAGGCCCCAGGAAGGCCUUUCCUUGCCCUGAUGCUGCUGGUUUCCAUCAAGCAAAUUACAGGCUCUCUCCUUCAGGAGACAACUCAGAAGUGGGCUCAGUACAAAGAGAAGUGUCUGAGAGACUUGCUCAAGGAACCUUCUGGCAUAUUCUGUAAUGGGACCUUUGACAAGUAUGUGUGUUGGCCUCAUUCCUCCCCAGGAAAUGUCUCCGUUCCCUGCCCUUCAUACUUACCUUGGUGGCGCAAAGAGAGCUCAGGAAGGGCCUACAGACGCUGCUUGGCUCAGGGUGCUUGGCAGACAAGGGAGAACACCACACGUGUUUGGCAGGAUGACUCGGAAUGCGACGAGAGCCACAGCUUCAGGAAGAAUGUGGAACAUCAAGCCUUGCUGUCAACCUUACAGCUGACGUACACGGUGGGAUACUCCCUCUCUCUGGUCUCCCUCUUCAUGGCUCUAGCCCUCCUCCUGUUUCUUCGAAAACUCCACUGUACACGCAACUACAUCCACAUGAACAUGUUUGCUUCGUUCAUGCUGAGAGCCCUGGCUGUGCUGGUGAAGGAUGUGGUUGUCUACAACUCGUACACCAGGAAACCGGAUGAUCUGAACGGGUGGAUGUCCUACAUAUCUGAGGUCUCCAUCGCCUGUCGCUCAGCUCAGGUCCUUCUGCACUACUUCGUGGGUGCCAAUUACUCAUGGCUGCUGGUUGAAGGCCUUUAUCUUCACACACUGCUGGGGCCCACAAUGUUUUCUGAAAGACGCCUAUGGCCCAGAUACCUGCUUGUGGGUUGGGGCUUCCCUGUGCUAUCUGUUGUCUCUUGGGGUGUGGUCCGUGCCCAGCUGGAGAACACAGGGUGCUGGGGAAUCAAUGGGAACAAGGCAGUCUGGUGGAUCAUCCGAGGACCUGUGCUGCUGUGUAUAACAGUGAAUUUCUUAAUCUUCCUGAAAAUUCUCAAGCUUCUCAUCUCUAAGCUCAAAGCCCAUCAAAUGUGCUUCAAAGAUUAUAAAUACAGAUUGGCAAAAUCAACGCUGGUCCUUAUUCCUUUAUUGGGUGUUCAUGAGAUCCUCUUCUCUUUCAUCGUGGAUGAGCAAGUUCAAGGAUUUUCCAAGCUAAUACGACUCUUCAUUCAGUUGGCCCUGAGCUCCUUCCAUGGACUGCUCGUGGCCUUCCAGUACUGCUUCGCCAAUGGAGAGGUGAAGGCCGAGCUGAGGAAGCACUGGGUCCGCUUCUUGCUUGCCCACCGCUCGGGCGGCAGAGCCUGGUUCCUGGGGAAGCACUUCCGGUUCCCGAGGCAAUUUCCCAAGGAGUUCUCAGAAGGAGACGACGCAGGGACACUGCAGAAGCUGCGGCUCUCAGCCAGUGGUGGGGGGCACCUCUCACACUUGGCUGCCAAGGGCCUGGGAGAGCUGGGUGCCGGGCCCCACCGAGGCCACGGGGCCUGGCCCCGGGGCCUGUCUGAGAGCAGCGAGGGGGACUUUACCUUGGCCAAUACUCUGGAGGAGGUGCUGGAGGAGAGUGAGAUCUAG